AGUAUGGUAAAGAAAUCAUUCAAGAAGGUAGUGUAUCGGUAUUAGGACUAGCAGACUAUUUGAAUGGAAUGGUUGCAAAGGCAAUGAAUGUCAAUAAGAAUAUUAUUACUCUGGCAAGACAGUGGAGUGUUGUACUAGAAAGAGCUGCUUUCACAGAAGGAAUAGUCAAAAUUAAAGAAGUCCUAGGAAGAGAGCAAGAAUCAGCAAGUACGCAAGUAGGAAAACUUAAUGAAACAAUACAAGAAAUAGAAAUAGAAACUGAAGAGAUACUAAUCAUAGAAGCAGAUAGAGAUAAAAAAGUAGAAUCAUAUGAAAAUAUUAAACAGAUUACUCAACACCAAGAAGAGGAAAAUAGUAACGAAAGGGUAGUAGAAAGAACUAAAGCAUCAGAAAGUAUAGAAGAUAUCUAA